UGUAGUCUGUAUGUAAUGGGUGGUUCUCCUUGGAUUUUGUUUGUGACUUAGGUUGUGACACUCAUAUCAGAGCAUUAAUGUUUUUUAAUUAGUGCAAGCGAAAUUUUAAACAAUAUUAAUUUGUGCCGUAACGCUCCUACAAAAUGCAUUUAUUUCUUUUAUGGCUAGGAAAUUCUGUAAACACGUCUGUUGUCUCGUUCUCUUACAUUCGAAACAUUGCACGGGUUGGUUGUAUAAUAUCUAUCUUUGCUCGCUAAGAAAAUUACUCAUUAAGGGCGCUGAAGGAGAGUGCGUAACUGUACACAAGAGUGUGAAUCGUGUUGCAAGUUUUUAAGAAUGGCAGCUGUAAACCCGCAGGAUAACAGCUCCUUAGAUCAAAGCAUUCCAAAAUGGAAGAGAGAGCUUAUCUUACGGAGGCGAGCGCUUAGUCGUACUCUACCCGCCGGCAAUGCGUCUGUGAAGUUGACUUGUCCUAGUGUUGUUACCGCUGUGAAACAGGCAGACCAAGCAACGCUUGUCGAAGACGUACCAGGUAAAUAUCAGCGUCGUGUUCCAACUCCGCCUGCGGCAAGCAAAGGUUCGGUGGAGGAAGUCAAAGCGGACUUUCUCCCCACAGAUCGCGGCGGUAUCUCAUCCUUGGCAUUUGCGGAAUCGCCAGUAGUUGUCAGUAACAUGCGGUUGGUUGAACCUCAUGCGGACGCGGGCAAUGAUUUGAUGAAUGGUGUUGGCAUGGGAAGCAGCACCGUUGCUGUUAACUCGGUGAAGUUUUGGGACAGAAUGGGCGAAGAAAAGUUAAGCAAGCAUCGUGCUUCGAACAAAACAAUGAGUAACAGUGUUGUGUUAAGUGAAAAUAAUUGUGUAGAAGACAGUGACUCCGACUCAAGUGAAGAGUUGCAGUAUGGACCAGGGAUAGUCAAUAGGCUUAAAGAUAAAUAUAUGAGUAUGACUUUACGCGAAAACCAAAGUAGAGUCACCAGGACCUCUUUUAGCAAUAUGAGGCGAGCAGCCAGCUUGGAAAAUCUGAUUGAUAAUGAGGACAGAGACAUAGAAAAGCAGCAAACUAAAACACAGCAUAGAUAUACGAAAAAGUCUGAUACUCCUAACGAUUCCAGUAAUAAACAUUCCGCGCCUCAGCAUCACAGAUACAGGGGUAUUACUCGAGGCAAUGAUUCAAUGAAACGAGCACGUUCAGUUGAAACUUUGUUAAGAUACGAUAACAGAACAAUAUCAGGUCGUUCUGGUGCCCGUGACUUGCCUUCAUUUGACCGUGUUAAUAAAAAGCAGGCGACAGUUGAUUCAAGGAAAAGUGCACAGUUUGUGAAAUCACUUUGUAAAGAAGAUAUAGUCAUAGUAGAGAAUAAGUCAAAGGCAGACGCCAGUUCUGGUGUUUCAGAAGACAAGCAACAUGUGUCGAAAGGCUCGACUUCUCCAAAAGUUCGAAGCCCAAGUGUUGCUUCAGAAACAGAAUGUCUUCCUCCUGAUCUUGUUAAACAAGCACUUAAAAUUUUUGAGAGAAGGCCAGAACUAGAAACUACUGGCACUAAAUCGUUCUCCAGUAACACUACUAAAACUUCAGCAAAUGUGGGUACUAGUGGCAAUUUUGUUGGAGCUGUUAGUAAGCCAGUGCUGUCCCCAAAACCAAGUCCUGACAAAAUUUCUCAGGUUUCACCAGCCAGGCCUAGCUCACCUAGAAAAACACCAGGAAAUGUAGAGCAGGCAUUACCUCCCUUUCCACAAAAACGAGGGAGUACACCACCACCUAGUCCAUCGCGCUCUCCAAAUAAUUUGACUGCCCCCCUGGGAAGGUUACAGUCUCCAUCACCAACUACAGAAAUUUAUAAACUUUUUUCAAUGAAUGAUUCUGAUUUAGAAUCAUCAGAUAUAUCUCACUCGGUGAGUGGCGAUGGCAAAGUUGACAAGUCUUCUGACAGUCGAAAUGCAGUCGAAGCCAUAGAUGGGCACUCAAGAGUUAUUUCUCCUGCAGCUUUAGAAAAUAUUAGAAAAUGUGGCAUGUCAGAGAAGUACCAUUUUGUUAAUAAUAGUGUAGCAGACAAGCCAAAGUCACACCUUCCUGGAGUUCAGCUGGCUGUAAUACCAAAAUCAAAACCUCCAGUACAAGUCCCAUUAAAACCAGAACCUAGUUCGAUGCAAAAGCUUUCUCCUAGUGUGAAAUCUACAGAUCCUCUGCAGGUACAAGUAAAGCAGGUUGGCAUAAUAAAACCAAUGGUGACAAGUAAAUCCACAUCAAAUGCCUUUCAUAAUAAUCGUGAGAAGGAGAAAAACUUCAAAAAUCGUGAAAAGUCUGCUGAUCAAAGUGUUAUUCCAAUAAACAAACUCUCGGAUGCAAUUGCUCGUUCUUCAGACACAGGAAAAAGUCAAGUUGAAAACAGUGCGAGUGACAUUUUUCCAUCAAGAAUUCUUAGAGAGACUAAAGGACCAGGGCUGUGGGACAAAAAACCUGCCAGUAAUGAACUCACUUAUAAUUUUGUGAAUAGCAAGACAUCAAUACCAGACUACAUUCCAAAUGAUGGUAUCAUAUUAAGGAAGACACCUGUGAAGCCCAAGCCGGGCGAGUCGGGGUACAUCCGACUGAGUGGCAGUUCGGAUGAGUCGUCAACAGACGCAGAUGCAGACUACUUAGAUGAUAGUCCACCUUCCCCGUGCAAUGUUGUUUUCGUUGGAGGAAACGUGCUCAUCAACGGACGCUCAAACAUGCGCAAAGAAAACAAGUCGCGCAAGAUGCAUAUUUCUUUCAACGAUUCUGCAACUACUACAUUUGAGUACCCAUCUGAAGCUUCCCUUAUGGGUGAACUUGCAACUCCAGUAUCUGGUGUGCCUACACCAACAGGUGGCAGUAGUCUUGCUAGUUACACACCAAGCAAAGUCGUACUUGGCACUGAAGGCUUCCAGCUUGGUGUAACUCGAUCCCUACCAAAUGCUAAUCAGCCAGUCACCACAGACCAAGAAACCCCACAGAAGGAUGAGACACUGGAUACAGAUCCACACUUGAAACCAGCUGAAGAUGGAGAAACAAUGGCUUGGAGUGAGGGUAACACUGCUGACCUACUCUUCUAAGCUGUCUUUGAAGACCAUUUAAUAUUUAGUGAGUGCAGCUCUUGGUGAGCUUGAUGGAAGGUUGCUUUUAACUCUAGUCUUCCAGAGAAGUAUUGGAAAAGAAAGUGAUCAGAGAGUGAUAAGUCAUGAGUGAAGUUUUUGUAUGAGAUUUUAUCUAAAAUUUGUAUAUUCAUACUUCUGUGGCUGUUGAAUCUUACCUGUUGUACUUUUUUUUUCAUUUUAUGACGUUUGCAAGUAUAAUCACUCCUCUCAUUGCCCAAUGCAUUAGUAAACUAGAUGUUCAGUCAUUGUUCAUUAAAUUAUUCUGAGAUGUUGAUUUAGUUGUACUUGGUUUAAAGAAGCCAAGGAGUCAAUUCCAUAUAUUGAAAUGGUAUAUUCUAAGUGGCUGAUAGUUUUUGCUAGGUGAUAUUUAAUGUAUGAAAUGCCAUGUAGGAGGGAUAAAAUUACCAGUAUUGUGAAUAUUUGUAAAUGUGUGUUAGUGCUACGUGUGAGAAUUCAAGAAGUAUUCCAGUGUUAUAUUUUCAUCAUUUAUUAUGUAUGAAAUUAUUAUUUUGCCUAAAAAUAGCACUCCAGUGUUUGACUGUAUGUAGAUGAUUUAUGUUCCCAUAUUUUGUGUGCAAUGUGAUGUAUGUAGCUUAAGUAUCUGAUCAUUAGUGUUAAAGACUGUCUAGUCAUGUGUAACCUAAAUAACUUAAUAAUUUAUAACUUUACAUACCUGAAAUGCAUUAUUAUGCAGUUGUCUGCUGCUCGUGAAAUUGUACAAAUUUUUGAAACAGAUGCAUUCUAAAAAUUCUGUGAUGCAUUGUUCAGCACUUUUUUUAUAUUUCGUUUCUUUUUAAUACAAUCUGGAAAGAUGGAAAUUUUGAAUAAUAUUUUUGUAAAUAAAUAUGUAACAAAGUUCCUGUGAUUCUUUAUAUUUCGAGUGUCUUGAUUCCAUUUGCUAUUGAAUCAUAGAGCAUUUGCUUUGUGUAUGAAAGGUGUAAUGUAAUGUUAUAACUUUGAUGUAAUAGCAGAAAGUGUAUGAUAUAAGUUUGUGCUCAAAUAAGUUUUCAAUAUUCUGUGUAUGCAAAACCAUGUAUUCACCGUAGUUUACAUAAAGUGAUGGUGUUCAAAGAGGUAUUAGAAGUGACACAACAGUGUUUUGUAUGUAUACCAUAUAUGUUGCUCUAUCUGUAUCUAGGGUGUGACUUUAGAAGGAACACACAAAGUGUGGUAUAGUGAUUAAUUCUUUUUAUAUUCCAUGGGAAAAUAUUGCGCAUUUUGCAGAAGGCCACACUUCCUUGCUGAAAAAUUUAUUAAUAACCUUUUUAACAGCUAAUUUAAAAUUUAGUAAAUAACAGUACUAUUAUACCAACUAAGACCCAUUAAUUUGCAUUUUCAGUCAUGUAGGUUAAAUGUAGUACCACUUGUUUUAAAGAAAUUUUAUUCACUUUAAACUGUUUAAGCUGUUAUUGUCAUUUGAAUUUGAAUGUAAUAUUCUGUGAUGUAUGAAAAAUAUUGUGUAGUAUGUAAUAUUCACUAUAGUCUUCAAGUUUUAUUUCCAUUUACACAGAACAAUAUACAUAUUGCAUGUCUUUGAUAUAUUUUGUGCUUAUUGUACAUAUGUGAUCUUGUGAUUCCAUUCCAGUUAUUUAUGUAU